AAUUGUGUUCGAAAUCUCCCCAACAUUGAUUUUAGAAAUUCGCAUUUUAGUGUAUUUUAAUUGAUAAUUUGAUAUUGUUAUAUUUAAUAAGCCUAAAUUUACACUGAGUUUGUUUAUAAGUUAAGGUGCGGCAUUAAUGACUUUAAAUUUGGGCGCAAGCCUUCCGGAAAACUAAGUACAACCACAAGUUGUGAAGUGAAUCAGGGCAGUGAUUCAUAGUAUUUCCUUCAUUUAUCAGUAUUUUUGCUUAUCCUGCAAAAUGCCCGCUUAUCAUUCUACUUUGGUAGAUUACACCCAAUCCGUUGGCAAUCUGGCCCUCCUACCGAUUCGCACAACAUUCAGAGGACCAGCACCUAUGAGUCCGAAAAUCGAAUUGGACAUCAUAGAUGAGGCUCUUAAUUAUUUCAAAGCAAAUGUGUUCUUUAGAUUCUAUGAAAUAAAGUCUGAUGCAGAUAGAGUGCUUAUUUACCUAACUCUGUAUAUUUCUGAGUGCUUGAAGCGGUUACAGAAAUGUUCAAAUAAGAACCAGGGCCAACAAGAAAUGUACAUGUUGGCAAUUUCCAAGUUUGAUAUCCCAGGAGAUGCUGGGUUUCCAUUGAACUCAGUGUACGCCAAACCCUCGAGUCCCCAAGAAGCAGAUUUGAUGAGACAGUAUCUUCAACAAAUAAGACAUGAAACUGGAACUCGUGUUUGUGAAAAGGUGUUUGCUACUGAAGAUGGAAAACCCAGCAAGUGGUGGCUAUGUUUUGCCAAGAGGAAAUUCAUGGACAAAUCCCUAUCAGGGCCUGGCCAAUAAAUUUAAUAUCAAAACUAAAUAUUAUUCCAAUUUCAAUAUUGUUUAUUAAUAAUCUGAAAUACUAUUAUAACAUUAACUUUCUAUACCAGUGCAUUUGAAAAUAAACUUAAUGAUAACAAU